AUAAGACUAUAUUUGAUGUGUGGAAUAUCUUUUUGUCUUUAGUGGCUGCUUGGAGUUGUGUUGUGGUGCGCAAGGAAGAACAAAAGAUACCUAAAGACAUCCAAUUGCUUGUCUCAACAACCAGCCCCUCCCUGUUGACUCUACCAGUCACCGUCGUCACCUAAAACCCUUCUUGCUACGUACGUCCAGCCAUGGAUGUUACCAUGCUUCUAUUUAAUCCAGCUUCCACCCAAGAACAAUCAGCAAUCUAAUUAUUGUUUGAUCCGAUCAGAGACAAUGAAGGGAGGAGUGAGAAGGAUUAAGCUCGGAUCACAAGGUAUGGAGGUAUCAGCUCUCGGAUUAGGAUGCAUGGGAAUGUCUGCUGGUUAUGGACCUCCCAAACCCGAAGAAGACAUGAUCAAGCUCAUCCACCACGCCGUCAACUCCGGCGUCACUCAUCUCGAUACUUCCGAUUUCUACGGCCCUUACACCAACGAAAUCCUCAUCGGCAAGGCGUUGAAGGGAUUGGAAAGAGGAAGUGUUGAAUUAGCAACGAAAUUCGGGAUCAAAUCGUUGGUUGGAGAAGGCGAAAUCUGUGGUGAUCCGGAGUAUGUUAGGGCUUGUUGUGAGGAUAGUUUGAAACGCCUUGAUGUUGAUUACAUCGAUCUGUAUUAUAUCCAUCGCGUUGACCCUCGUGUUCCAAUCGAGAUCACGAUGGGAGAACUGAAGAAACUAGUUGAAGAGGGUAAAAUCAGAUAUAUUGGUCUAUCAGAGGCUUCACCUUCAACGAUUAGAAGAGCACAUGCUGUUCAUCCGAUUACUGCUAUACAGUUAGAGUGGUCGCUGUGGACUAGAGUCCCUGAAGAAGAAGUCAUUCCAACUUGCAGAGAAUUAGGUAUUGGGAUUGUUCCAUUUGGUCCUCUUGGAAGUGGAUUCUUGGCUUCUGGUCCAAAGUUAGUUGAGGGCUUGACAGAUUCAGACUUUAGGAAGUAUUUGCCACGAUUACAAGGGGAGAACUUCGAACAUAACAAGAUCACGUUCGAACGAAUUCAUGAAAUUGCCCUAAAGAAAGGGUGCACCCCAUCCCAGUUGGCAUUGGCGUGGGUCCUACACCAAAGGUUUGAUGUGGGUCCCAUCCCCGGGACCACAAAGAUUGAGAACUUGAACCAAAACAUUGAAUCUUUAUCUGUAAAUCUCUCACCACAAGACAUAGUUGAGCUUGAAUCUAUUGCUUCUAUUGAUGCUUUUAAGGGUAGUAGAUUACCUCCGACAAUUUUGGCUCAUUCAAAUGUUGAAACUCCUCCAUUAUGA